UGGGACGUGUCAUUGUCAAAUCAAAACUAAAAAGUUCGCGACCGAAUUCGAAGUAAAUUUACGCAAAUAAUUAACGAGAGAAACAAUUUAAUAACAAAGUAUCAGACAAACGUGAUGCCUCAAAGCGCUAUUUACCCAUGAAUAUUAUUUUCCAACGUACCAACACAACCGUUACAUUGAAAAAUAACAUUUCUCAUGGAAGUUUACCUUGUUGCUUAUAAACAAACUUUUUUGUACUAAACACAAAGGCUGCAAAAUGUUGAGUUGACUCAUCACAGGCUGUAGAGUCGCGGGCGCGGAGUGUUAGCGUUUAAGCGGACUUUAUGCUGAGGAAGUUGUUGAGUUGUGUUAAAAUGAGCGGCGUGAGCAGAGACGCGCCCGUGGGGGUGCAAGGUCUCCAGAAGCUCAGCUCGUGGAUGUGCCCUCGCCUGCAGUUCAAUAGAUUACGAUGCUACCAGGCGAGCGUGCUGGUGCUGACAUACUUCACGUACAUGACGUACCACCUGACGCGCAAGCCCAUCUCCGUGGUGAAGAGCGUGCUGCACCAGAACUGCAGCGGGCUGACGCCGCCGCCCGGCGUGCGCCCCGCCGACGACCAGUGGUGCAACUGGGCGCCCUUCGACACGAGCGACGCCAACACACUGCUGGGCACGCUGGACUCCGCCUUCCUCUUCUCGUACGCGGGCGCCAUGUUUGUUUCCGGCAUGAUAGCGGAGCGCGUGGACCUGCGCUACUUCCUGUCGCUGGGCAUGCUGAGCUCGGCCGUCUUCUGCUACCUGUUCGGUCUGGGGCGCACGCUCAACGUGCAUGACAUAUCGUUCUACCUGCUCGUGCAGGCGGGCGCGGGGGUGGCGCAGACCACGGGCUGGCCCGGCACGGUCGCCAUCGUCGGCAAGUGGUUCGGGAACGCCAAGAAGGGACUCAUAUUCGGCCUCUGGAACUCUCACACCUCACUGGGCAACAUCUUGGGCACUCUGAUGGCGGCGGAGUACGUGGAGAGCGACUGGGCGCUGUCGUUCGUGUACCCCGCGCUGGUGAUGGGCGCGAUGGGCUUCGUCGUGUUCCUGUUCCUGGCGCCCGACCCGCGCCACGUGGGGCUCAACGUCGACAGGUGCUCUCCCAGCAGACAAACGCACAGGUCUGACUCAGAGGAGGAGCCGAGCCAGGUCAUCGUCGGAGAUCAGGCGGCGAGUCUGCGCCCCUCGCGACACUCCGCCAACUCAGCACCGUACCAGGAGGACAGCGCGACGGAGGCGACGGCGCUGCUGGGGCGGCGCGCCAGCGCGGGCGGCGGCGCGGUGUCGCUAACGCGCGCGCUCGCCAUCCCCGGCGUGGUGGACUUCUCGCUGUCGCUGUUCUUCGCCAAGCUGGUCAGCUACACCUUCCUCUACUGGCUGCCGCUCUACAUCAACUCGUCCACGCACCUCACGCCGAAGCAGUCGGGCGAGCUGAGCACGGCGUUCGACGUGGGCGGCGUGGUGGGCGCGGCGCUGGCGGGGCUGCUGGCCGACUACGCCAGCUGCCCAGCGCUGGUCUGCGCCGGCUUCUACGCGCUGUGUGCGCCCGUCUUGCUGGCGUACCAGACGUGGGGCGCGGCGUCGUACGCGCUCAACGUGUCGCUGCUGGUGCUGGCCGGCACGCUGGUCAACGGGCCCUACGCGCUCAUCACCACGGCCGUCAGCGCGGAGCUCGGCACACACAGUAGCCUUGCCGGCGAUGGCAGGGCACUGGCGACCGUCACGGCUAUCAUAGACGGCACGGGCAGUAUAGGCGCGGCCGUGGGGCCCAUGCUGGCGGGCGUGGUGUCGGGGCGCGCGGGCAGCUGGUGCUACGUGUUCUACAUGCUCAUCGCCUGCGACGUGCUGGCGCUGCUGCUGCUGCUGCGGGUGGCGUCGUCCGAGGUGUCCCGGAUACGGCAGGAGCGGCGGCUCGCCUCGCCGCGCGUCGUGCGCAUCGAGUGACGGACGGACUGUGCCACUGCGUAUAUUGUGUAUAUAUGUACUGUACUGAAACUAUCAACAUAUGACGCAGGUGUAGAGUGAUUUGAUGUCGGUUCAACGAUUACAAUCGGCUAGUCAAUUUAGGGAAAAUUUCAAACGGACGCUUUUAGAGGUGUAUUAAAAAAGGAUUUUAAAAAUAUGCUGACGUAACAAGAAUCUUAAUAAGUCUGUUGUUAAUAACACAUCAGUCGAUUGUUUAAUAUUAUAAACAAAGGAGUUGGGUUUUCCAAAAUGCAUAUAAUAGCAUUUUUGAUUAUACAGAUUGAAUCCAAGACAAAAUAUAUGAUUUACAUACACACAUGUUCUGUGCAUAUGCCCAUAGGGGUAAGCACAGAACACGUCCUUUCUCUAGCUACAAUCCUUGCAUAUCAAUUCCUCUUUCCAUCCACAUCCUUCCAUACAAUUUCGUCGUUAGAGUACUCUGUAUCUUCUGUGCGCGCCGCGACAGGUUUCUUGAAGACUAAAUAACAUAUUGUGACCAAUAGCGUCGCACCGCAUAUAUCGCUCUCCGUCUUGCGUUGCGAUAGGACAAGAGAGAUAUGUCUUCAUCUCUUCACGAGAUGUGUGGCGCGCUUUGUAGGCCUACAGUCCUUGCCUUUCCCCUUUAAAUAUUUCCAUUCACCCUCGCCUUGUAAAUUUUUUUAGUCUGCCUCAUUAAUCCUAUCUACGUGCCCAAAUUAUCGAAGCAUACCUUUCUCGAUUGUAAUAACUACAUCUUUUGUAUACCACAAAGUUCUCAUAUUAAGACUAUUUAUUACUUUCUCAUUCAGUCCAUUCAUGCUCCACAAUAUGUUAAAUGUCAAAAAUAUGACUACAUGGGAUUUUCUCGAUUCGAUUUUAAAAACAAUUCGAGAAAAUCUGAUUUUCUUCAUCAUUCAUUUCUUACUAUCGAAUUUCUUACGACAACAAUUAGUCCGAUGAAUCAAGUCUCGUAAGUUUAGUCUGUGUAAUCGACAAAUCACGUUCUUCCGAAUUAUAUUGCCAUAGUUUGUAGUAUUUUCUUCUGUGCGAUCGAUACACGCCGAUAAACUGAAAUUUAAACGUUCAGUUUGGAUCGUGCUGCUUUGCAAGAACCAGCUCAUGACUGAGGGCCCCGUAGGAGUUCGAUACUAGUCAGGCUUAAUAUCACUUUAGAGUUUUAGCCGUGAUUCAUAAUCAAUUUCAUUCAUAAUAGUUCAGUAAAAACUAUGAAUAUCAGUUUAUCAGAAUGUAUUUUUAUUUAUUUUUAAUAAUUUUCUCAUAUUGAAACUUGUGUAAAUAAAAGUAUAAUAGUUUGAAACUGAAACUUGGUAUACAUACAACUUAGAUAAUCUGAAACAUUGCCAUGAGAUGAAUAUAUUAACAUUCCAUGGAUCGUCAGGUGCCGAGUGAAGUGGAUAUUUGAAAAAUUACAUUUCAGUAUCUUCAUUUUAAUUAAAACAAGCGACAUGAAAGGAAUUUUGAGACUUUGAGAUUUAUUAAUUGACUUCAAAAAAAGGAUCUCAAUUCGACGCGUAUGUUUUUUUUAAUGUUUGUUACCUCAUAACUACGCCAUUUCUUAACUGAUUUUGAAAAUUUCUUUGAAUCCUAAAAUUUUAUGAUUUAAACAGUUUAAGCAUCACUGUAUUGGCACCGUCUUCAAAGUGAUCAGAAGGUGGCACGUACGAUGUUAUUUUUCGCUAUUUAGUUUUGUGAUUUUGAAGUUGGUUUAAUUUUUUUGUUAAAGAUUUUAUUUAACUACAACAUUCAAUUAGGAGAUGUAUGUUAAUCUUUAUAGUCCGUUAACGAAAUACAUUGCUGCAACAAGUGAAUUUCCAUCAGUAAUUCAAUAUGUUCCAAGAAGCCUUUUCCAAAAUGAUCACUCUCAUUGGCGAAUCGGCAACUAUAUAAAUUGGUAAUUUUUCUGGGGCUCGUCCAAUGAAUUUGCCAUAGGCUGCAGAUGGUCGAGUGACGCCAUUGCUCCGUACAUUCGAUAGACUAAACUACAAAACAUGAAGUGUGACAUUAUCGUUGUGACUACGAAUUCGCGCAAUUCCUUUUAAAUGUAAGGCAUUUAAAAGUGUGAAUGUUUAUAUUCUUUUUUGUAACAUAAUUUAAGUAUUAUAUUUAUCUAAAUCAUAUGAAUAAAAGUAUUAUGAAUGAUAAUAACAA